CAAUAUAUAAAAAAGAUGGAUAGAAAUGAAGUUGUGCGUAGGAUGAACAAUGCAGCUGCUGUUGCUACUGUACUAGUUAUGCUAAUGGUAUUCAUACGCCGAUAUCAACAUCGUCCACUUAAAAGACGUAACAUCCCUCGUCAUCCUUCGUAUGUAAGAGACUUAGACAGACAUUCUCAUAUGCGUCGGAUAUUAAAUGGUAGUACAUCGAGUUGUCAAGACUAUCUCAGGAUGCGUAUUGGACCUUUUAUGAACUUAGCUCAAAUGAUGAGAGAUGGGGGCUUAUUGAAGGACACAAUCCAUGUUCCUAUAGAAGAACAGUUGGCUACAUUUCUUUACAUAAUGGGACACAAGUCCAAAAAUAGGACUUGCAGAAUUGACUUCAUACGUUCCAGGGAGACUAUUAGCAGGUAUUUCAAUAAAGUUCUAGGAGCUAUUUUUUCUCUUCGGGAUAGGUUCAUGAAACAAGCCCCAAAUGAAACUCCGGCAGAAAUUAUGGAAUCUAGUCAAUGGUUCCAUUUUUCAAGGAUUGUAUUGGUCUAAUAGAUGGAACACACAUAGAUGCAACAGUGCCAACUAAAGAUGCUCCUAAAUUUAGAGGACGCAAAGGGAUUACACAAAAUGUUUUGGCUGCAGUAACACCA